UCAACCGUCGACAGUCCUCGACACUCUUCAAUCGGCUCAUCUGCCCCCAGCAACCGACUCUCGGGCCGGCCGGAGACAACUGGUUCGCCGGUCUAUCCGCUCGUCUGUCCGCCUGCCGAAGAGGCGCAAGCCUGCUGGUCUCGGUGCUCCGGUGUCAUGGGUCUCGAGCCUGCCGUGAUAUCCGCCUCGGGCCAGCUGUACCAUCUUCUCGUCGUACCGGUCGGCCUGCCCGGCGCCUGGGACACCCUUGCCCAGGUGCGACUCGGACUGUUGCGCGCCUACUAUUGGACGGCGCCGAGUUCGAGACUCGCAGAUCGGGCGAGACGGAGACCUGUCGACGCGGAGUGGUCCUCUUCGCGUCAGCUGCUGUCGUCGGCGCCGCAGAAUCCACACGUCCCGGACCCCAGAAGAGGUGGUCAGGCCGUUUCUGUGGCUCUUGUCGCCAAUGCGCAAAGGCUGGAGCAGAGUUGUCAAGAGGUUGGAGAGCCCGAGAAUGCGGCCAAUUGGGCGGAUCGUCGUCUCGUGGCGGGUUGGACAAAUGAGAGCACUGCCGAUCUGGUCACCGGGACUCAUGCGCAACACCGACUUUUGGGCCACAUAAUGGCGCCUCUAGAGUCGAGUCAACCCAUGAAGACUGAGGAGGAGUACAGUUCUACUGUGAAAGCAUCGUUUACUCCUUCAGAACCGGUGGAGAUGUCGCGGGAGUUUGGCAAAGACGAAAUGGAACGAGGCGAACUGACUGAAAUGGAGCUACAUCGCGAGGCGAAAGGAGGCGAGGCCGAGCAGCGAGAGGCUUUGGAAGACCUGGAGCCUCGAGAAGAAAUGGAGGAGGAUGUAGACGAGUUGGAGGAAAUGCGGGAGGAGAGAAAGGCGCGUCAACAGGCCGCCGUCAAGGCGACCGGCGAUCCGAUCGAGAUAACUCUGGCUCAGCUGAUGAGGCUGGAGGCGUAUGCGGCCUGCAUUUUGUGA